AUGGCUAUUCAAUUCAAGUUCCCCGAAGACGGCUGGCAAACGAUUCUUGCGCUUGCGUUUUUUCUCUAUGUGGACAAUGCUGCCGCUGGAUCGCCCGGCGCACGCAUCAAGAAUGCAAUUGGCGGACAGGGCACCAUGGACACGGUCCGCAAGUUGGUCGUUGCCGUACACGUCGUCGAGGCGCUUGCAAUGCUGGCCGUGAACCUCAAGCGCGGCUCGUCUUUGGCCACUACAGUGAAGUGGGUGCUCAGCACGUUUGUGCUUGGCUACCCAUCGUGGGUUACGUUUGGCAGUAUGUACUAUGGACUUAACUCACAUGCAGAAUUGAACAAUGGCGUGUGGUAG